AUGGACGACAUCGAUGCGUUGCUGGACUCGCUCGCUGACAACAGCGACAAGAGCAAGAUGAAGCCAGCAAGCGGAGGAUCAUCAAGGCCAUCUCGACGGGGCAUGUCUGCGACGAGGACGAGGACGACGACGACGGCCGGUGCUGGGCGUGCUGCUGGCACAGCACGUGGGUCUGCCGCGCGCGCAGGCAGUGGUGCACGUGGCAAGAAGUCUGCGGGAACGCCCAAAGACCAAGAUUUUUAUGCCAGCAUGCGCCAAGAGGUCGACGACGAUUGGGAUGACAGUGACGAAGACAUCAUGUCAAACGUCGAUGCCAGCAAGAUGGCCGCAGACCUCGGCGACCUGGACGAUAUGGACGACGCGCUCUUUGGCGGGCUUGGCGGCAGUGGUGGUGGAGAAACGAAGACGAAGAAGAAGAAGAAGCCCACGACGGCGACAACAGCAGCCGCAUCACGGACAGCGGCAACAGCAACAUCAACCGCAGCCAAAGCAAGGCCUGCAGCCGCGACAAAGGCGACAGAAGCGCAGCCCCCAGCUACAAAGCACCAGCAGAGCAAGAAAUCAGCAGCCCCGCCUGCCAGCACCAGCACCGCCGCACAGAACGACUCCGACGACUGGGAUCUGAGCGGUGCUGACGAUCUCCUAGCAGACUUGGGCGAUUCAAAGCCAAAGGCGCGCGCACAGGGUGGCGCCCGUACAGCAGCCGCGACAACAUCAGCUGCUGGGAAAGGCCAGUCUGUUGGGCGCAGUGACACCGCGUAUGUGCCGUCGAUGGGUGGUCGUGGCGGCAUGAGCGCAAUGCUUGAGCCGCGCACAGGGCGCCCAGGCACAUCUACGGGACGAAGGGGCGCUGGAACACAGGGAACAACUGCCGCAGCCACCGCAGCAAAGGCAACAGCACCCCCUCGUGCCGGUGCAGUGGCAACGACGAAGCGAAGCAGUAGCACGGCCGGGCGGGCAGCGUCCAACAGGGCGUCUCGCGCAGACAGUGAUCUCGACUUUGGCAGCAGCUUUGGUGAUGACGACGAAGAGCAGAGCAGUGGCAGCGGCGCUGUUGUUGGUGAUGAUGAUGAUGAUGAUGAUGAUGAUGAUUUGCUUGGUUUGCUCGGUGAUGACGAGCCAGCGGGAAGGAAGCAGCAGCAGCAACAACAACAACAACAACGACGACCAAGCACGCUGGGCACACAAGGCUCCAGAGCAACGGCUGCAGCAGCAGGCGACGCUGCUCGUGGUCGCGGCGGUGGACGCGGCGGUGACGACGGUGCCCUGCCGUUCCGACCGUCCACAGGCACGGGCAGACGGCGGCAGGGCACGGGCCCCACAGGUAGCAGUGGUGAUGAUGGCGGCGGCAGCGGCGGUGUGCAGAUGCCGUGGGAGGAGCCAUCGCGACGCGGUGCUGGUGCUGGCGCUGGGCGAAGGCGGACAUCAUCGUCGGCAUCGUUCGAGUGGGGUGAAUCUGCCGGCGAGGAAGAGGCACCGACACAUGUGGGCGGUCGCGUGGAGGAUGAACGAGGUCACGGGGUCGAAGGGAACGUGUUUGCUGGCGAGGAAGAAGGAGCUCAAGCACACCACCAACAGCAGCAGCAGCAGCAGCAAGGGGGCCGUCCACAGAGCCGCAGCGAGGCAGCAGCAGACCUGAGCUGGCUCUCACAGAGCCGUGGCGCAAGUCGCACGGAGGCACACGCUAAAUCCUCAUCACCGCAACCACAACAGCCACAGCAACAACAGCAACAACAGCAACAGCCACAGCAACCACAACAGCCACAGCAACAACAGCCACAGCAACAACAACAGCAGCAGCAGUGGCCGCCCACAUCUUCCAGCCGUCGUGGUGGCGGUUUCCUCGACUUUCUGCACAGCCGCAGCGGCGCUGCACCACCACAACAGCAGCAGCAGCAACAGCAGCAGCAGCAACGACGCGGUGGUGGUGGUGGUGGGAGUGGGGUUAAUGCGACUCAAGCGGCACCAGCAAUGAGACAAGCAGGACCAUCUGUAAUGGGUACAGCGGGCGCAGGGGCGUUGGGUGAACAGCCAGCACCGACAGCGCUGAGCCGUGAGACGACGAACAAGGAGAUUUCGCGGCUCGAACAAGAGGUGCAGCGCUUGCAAUCGGAACUGAAAACAACGCACCAAGCUUUAGAUGGCGCCAGCACCAAGCAUGAGAAGCAGGCGGUGGAAUUGCAGGCCGCAAGGGAUGAGUUGACAUCAAGCCAAAAGACAAUGAAUGAAUACAAGCAGCAAAUCCAACAGCUGACGGAUGAGCGGGAUUCCUUGGCAAGGAAGGUGAAGACGCUUGAAGAAGACGCGGCGACUGCCGCGGAAUCGCGCGAUAAACAGCUGUUGGAGCGCGAUGAGGAACUGCAGCGCCUGCGAGACCGUGUAGCGCACACGGACGAGAUCCUGCGCAAGGAGCUCGACAGCGUCCAUCAACGCCACCGCGACGCCGUUGCCAAGCUGCAAGAAGAGUCUGAUGCGCGGUACGAGGCGCUGCUGAAGCGAAAGGACGCCGAGAUUGAGUCCAUCCGCCAGUCUCACAAGGUGGAGAUUGCAGACUUGGAGGCGUCGCAUUCGCUCGUGCUGCAAACACGCGAGCAGCAGCACCAGGCAGACCUUGCGCAGGUGCGGGAGCUGAGCAAGCAGCAGGUUGCCUCUGCGUUGGAGAACAAGGAGAAUGCCGAGGGCAUUCGCGUGCUGCUGUCCCAGUUGAAGAACACAACCGAGGGUGUGGACACCAUUCAGCAACGCCUUCGUGCUGCCAUGAGCGAGCAGCUUGGAGAGCGCGAGGCACGCGUUGUCGAGCGAGAAAAGGCGCUUGAUGAAGCCAUGGAGAGCUUGAAGAAGCAACAACUCUCCCUGGACGAGGAGCGACGCGACAUGCAGCGCGUGUAUGCAAAGCUGGAGGUGGAACUGCGAGAGCAGCGAACGCAGCUGGAGCAGCGGCAGUGGCGCCUGACGCAAGAUGAGGCGCGUGUGCAGGCGAACCAGCAAGCCAUUGACGACCAGCGCGCUGUCGCCAUGCAGCAGUCGCAGGAGGAGCGUGCACAGAUCCAAAGCCUGCGGGAGGCGCUGUCGCGGGAGAGGCGGGAAAUGCUGCGAGAACUCAACGACCAGCGGCGCGAUCUGGCAGAGGAGCGCGCGUCUGUGAAACAGGCAAAGCGGGAAGCAGAGCUGAGAGACAGGCGCAAGACGGAUGAGAUGAUGGAGACGACGGCGCAGGUGGAGAAGGCCAUGGCGAGCGUGCACCAGGAGCAGCUGCAGAUUGAACAGCGCUCGUCUGCACUCAAGCGGCAGGAGCGAGAGCUGGAGAAGGUGAAGCGACGGCUGAAACUCGAACGCGAGCGAUUGGCAGAGGAGCGACAGCAGUUGAUGGAGACGGCAACAAUGGUGGAGGAAAAGUCCGCAGCUGCGCUUGCAUUGCAUCAGCGUGCGCAAGAGGACCUGGCAGCAGCACGAGAGGCGCACGAGCAUGUGGAGGCGUUGAACCUGGCCAUCGCAAACGAAAAGGCGGAAUUGCUCGCUCUUCAGUCUGAACUCAAGGCGGCCGAGACGCGGCUGUAUGAAACUCGUGCACGCAUGGAGCUGUCAUCGUCCAACUCUGGCCCACACACGCAGCAACAACAGCAACAAAGAAAGCCGUCAACGCAACAAGCGUACACCACGGGUCACGAUUCUGGGGCACACAAUAGCGGCGGCGACACAGCGUUUGCGCAGACAAUGCAGCAGCUCGAAGCCCUGAAGGCGCAAUAUGAGGAGAUGAACGCAGCCGUCUCUGCCAAUCUCCAACAGCCGAGGUCGGAACAACGCUCAGGGAGCAAGAAAGGUGUGCACUGGAACCCACAGCACCACCACCAACACCAACAGCGUGAUGUGAAUAACAGCGCCGAUCCACACGCGUCUUCGCCAAUGAAACUCACGCUGACGUCUCGACGACAACUUCGCGAUCUCGUGAACACGUGGCGAUCAGAGAUGAGCGCGUGAUUCACCUGCGUGCGUGCGUGCGUGCGUGCGUGUGUGUAUGUGUAUGCGUGUGUGCUUGUUGUGUAUUGGAGACAGAAACGGCUGCUGCUGUAGAGUGAGACGUGCUGUUUUGCCUGCUUGUGUACAAUUGAAUCCACGUGUAAUGUCGAUAUGAGCGCGUUCUCCUCCACCCCUUGGCUUGCUUUGUGGGUUGCUUUUCCUCAUGCUGGUGUUUGUCAGUUAUGUGUAGUAAAGGCACGAUGAC